AAGUGCCCCCUCUUCUUCGGAAGGUGACUGUGGACGAUCGCGAGCAGGACAGACACAAUCGUCGUUUUAGCAGCCUUUGUCGUUUGUUGUCUUAUAAGCGAUUUAUUUUAGGCCUAAGACUGUUUUCAUAAAUCGUCAAGCACAACAAGAAAGAAGUGUCCAAAAAUCCGACUGGAACAUUAUGAUAGGGAGACUUGAACCAGUGCAUGAAGGCAUCCACCUAGCUUCAGGUCAGCUGAGGUCGUCGCCAUGGGAUCGCCGUACGAUAAAGAGCCCUGCUGUGGUAUCUCGCUGCUCAAGUACAUCUUGUUCAUCUUCAACUUUUUUCUCCUGCUAGGGGGCGCCGGAGUGACGGGCAUUGGGCUCUGGACCCUACUCAAGAAGUGGGACUACGCCAGCCUGCUCUGCGACGAUCUCUACACCAUUGCCACCUGGGUGCUGAUCAUCGUGGGCGGGAUUGUAAUCAUCAUCGCAGCGCUGGGCUGCUUCGGUGCCCAACAAGAGCAGAAAUGCUGCCUGCUGAUUUACUUUACACUUCUGCUACUGCUGUGCCUAGGGGAGCUUCUGGUCGGCAUCUAUACUUACAUCUACAGAGAUCGGGUUAACAUGGAGCUGGAGCGGUGCCUCAACAGCACGCUGGUGGCCAACUACGGCAUGCCUGACCAAGAGGAUUACUCCAAGGGUGUUGACAACCUACAGAGAAAGUUUUACUGCUGUGGUGCGUCUGGCUAUGCAGACUACCAGCAAAGCCUGUGGAAAGUAAAAGGGAAAGCUGGUAACCUGAGCUCGCCAGACAGCUGCUGCAAAACGGAGAGCAGCUACUGUGCCGUCCGGGACCAUCCUUCCAACAUCUACCAUUUGGGUUGCGUGGAUGGGCUGACCAACUACUUCAGUGGACACCUUGCUAUCAUCGGUGCGGUGUGCAUGGCGAUCGCAGGCGUGCAGAUAUUUGGGCUGGUCUUCUCCAUGUGUCUGUAUUGUCAUCUGAGAUAUGAAGAACAAGAGCCGUAUUAACCUGCAACGAAACGAGAAUGAAUCUUCAGGGGUGGGUCAGCGACAAUAGUCAGUCACAUUUCUUGUUCUCACUCCCCGACACUUGACCUGUCUUCUGCAGAAAUGCUAGAAGAUUCGGAUAUUGUUGGCGUAAACUUGCAGUCAGUUUGGGGGAAAUGAAGGUAGACAUUGCGUUGUAUUGGCCAGUCCAUUGUUUUGGUAAGCAUAUUGGCAUUGUAAAGUUUUCACGGUGAAGAGUGUUUGGAGAUAUGUGAAUGUAGAAUUUGUAUUCGUGCGGUGUUGUAAGACGUAGGCUUGAAUUAAGCCACAAAACCAGUGUGCACAGGAGGACGAGUCAUGGACAUGGCAGCAUUCGUGUUUGGUAAUCGCGCUUGUUUCUCCUAAACAAAGUUUUCAAAUCUCAAAUAAGGUUUUAGCAACAGGGAACCAAAAACACGGGGAAAAAAAAUCUGAGUCUUGCAACCAGUCUUCUUCAAGGGUGUUGUAAUUGUUACAGUAUUCAGACGGACAUGUGUGUAAAAAGUACAUACCUGCUGCAGUCUAAACCUGUAUAAAUGUUCUUGCAACUUUUGUAAGCUUGUUUUUUUAACUUCUAAGUACAUUUCAUCCCAGUAUGUAGAAGAAAAAAAAAUUGUGCAUGGAUGGAUGGCCAAAAGUGUGAGCCGAGUGUUGAACAUUAGCUUAGCCGAUUUAAGUAACCGUUUCAUAGAUUUUUUUGCUAAUUACUCAUACCUUUCAAAAAGGAUCGAGGAACAUUUUUUCUUUUUAACGAGUGGGUGCAGUUUUGUUUUCAGUUUGGUGCUAUCCAGUUCAUCUAACUUCCCUUAUGUUGAUUGAACUUGCGUCCUGCACUUUUAAUUUUAAUAGUGGUUACGUCGUCAUAGGAUUUGUGGUAGUGGUGUAGGAGACGUUCGACGCCCUCUUGUGGCGGCCUUUAGAGAAUCUCACAAGCUAGGUCUCUGCAGGCAAUCUGUAUUCUUAUUUCUACUGUUUUCAUGGGUCGAGUGUAGAAGGCAUGUCAGAGUGCCAAAUUGUAGGUGGCAUGCACACGUGUAGGUUCGCCUUUAACAAAGGGAGCACUUUUCAGGCAUGCAACUUGGACUUGGACAAAAAAAGGAGGAAAUAAUUCCAAUCUUUACGAGUCUCUGUACGGGUGUUUUUCAAUUUUCAUGGCGUGAUGUGAAGUGAAAAACAAGGAAAUCAGCUGAUCCGGGAAAAGUUGCAGGCCAGAUUUUUAGAAGACAUUUUAAGCGUGAUUUUUAACUGCCAUGCAACCUUGGUUUAUAUAAAUUUUGUAUCUCUAUUUAUUCAUGUUUUUCAGCCAUUAUUUUAUUCUUGGCAUUGAAAUGAUAAAUUUUAUAAUACUUAUGCCCUCUAGUAUACUCCUUACCAGUACUAACAGAUCAUCCUCCUUCAAAGAUUGCUUGGAUGGGUAGAAUUGCAUUGUUGGGUAUGUUCAGGUGCAAACUAUAGUUCGACCGGUGGUGAGUUGUUUUUUAACAGUGCGCAUGCGUAAUUUGGUUACACUCCAACAACCCUAGCCGGGCUAUUUUUUAGAAUUGCAAUUGGGUAUGUUCAGGUGCAAACUAUAGUUCGACCGGUGGUGAGUUGUUUUUUAACAGCGCGCAUGCGUAAUUCGGUUACACUCCAACAACCCUAGCCGGGCUAUUUUUUAAAAUUUCAUCAUUACAUUGCACCGUUGGCUGCAAUUCUCGAAGAAUAAAUGGUCGUGAAAUGGUUCCCUCAGUAAUGAUAAAUGAAAUUGGCUUUUGAUAACCAGUGGCGUGUCCAUGCCCUGGAGCCUGGUACCAAAUGGUGGACCAGAAAGUCCAAACCAUCCAGCAUUCAGGCGACGUUACUCCAACUAUAGUCAAUGAUAGUCGGCGCUCGAACUUGCCUAUAUAGAUAGUUUAUGUAGUGUGGAUUCUAGUUGUGAAACCAGGAAUUCCUGAGAAGUGCACUGCAACUGGAAGUUUGAAGGAUACCUAGAGAGAGAACACAAAGAAAUUUAGGCCGUUUAGAAGCUGGAGGAAAGCCUGGAAUGAUCCGGGGAGACCCAGCGCAUCAGGCAUGGACUGGAAACCCAAUCCACAUUUUGUCCUGGGCGGGAUUCGAACCAGGUCAGUGGUGGAAGGCGAGGACAAAACCACUGUCACAAACUUGGAUAUAAGGGCACAGGUUAAACCCCCUCCAAAAAAACAGUGAACAAAGUGAGAUCUUCGGUACAAGGGAAAGCACUAUGUACAUACAUGUACGUGCAAUCAUUGCAGUAAUUUUGGACUACUUGGUAUACGCACGCCGUUCUUUUCGAGGUUUGGAAGCUUUAGUCACUUGAGUGCAGGUCCGAAAGAUAUAUGCCUUGGCCGCAUUGUAGUUGCAUUUCUCAGAUGUCUAGGACGUGCAAGGACUCAUCCAAAUGUGAUUAUUGUGACUGACCUGUAACAGAUUGGCGUCACGCCUUGUUUACAUGUGUGCUUUCCUAUUUUCAGUAAGGCGUGACAUGAUGUGUCGAAGCAUAGGCAGGUGUACAUGUACAUGUCAAGAGAAUCUGUCUGACUAGGUCUGUCGUUUCAUCGCCUGCAGAUUAAGAGGCAAUGCUUAAGCUGCAAAAUGUUUAUACCAGCAAUGAGGCGAGCACACGUACAAACUCUUUCUAUUCAAAUCUGGCAGCCAUUUUGAUUCUUCAGUACUUCUUAAGGCGAUGAUUUUUCAGGGCUCCAUAUCCGGCAUUUUGUUAUACGUUCUUACUCUUCUCGGUGUUGAAUCUUGUCGACUUGUGCUUGCCUGCAAUAGCUCUUGUAUUUUGUACUUUGUACUAAUUAUUAAGAAAUGUAUAUUAUGCAACUCAGUUCUUAUUCUGUAAAUACCAGUUGAGUAGCGGUAAGUGAGGUGGAUGAUUUGAUGAGGAAAUGACGUUCUGUGGGGGCAGCCAUCUUGGAAUUGUCCCCGGAAGGUGCAGUGCAUGUCUAUGUGGAGAUUUCAUUGUGAGGUAAAUAGUUACGAAAAUAUAGCAAAUUUGGUAAGUUUGAAAGAGGCAAUUGAUGAUAUUUUCACACCUGUUCCCCUUCUGUUUAACGGCUUCCUUAUAGUUUGUAUUCAGAACUUACCCAUGUCACUGAUUUUUUAAAAUCAUUAUCUUGUUUAUUCUAAACAAUGCAUGUAAACAUAAUUUCAGGCAUUUUCGUACGAUCAUGUUCAGACAGCAAGUUAGCAAGAGCAAAGCAAACAAUAAAAUCAUUUUUGUACCAAAA